AUUUUGUUUUCUGUUCACUCUUGCGCAUAACAACAUACCCUUGUUGGCUUCUUCAAUCUUCAAUGGCCACCUCGCUUCUUCUCCUCUUCAUCACUUAUUUCUCUUUCAUGCAAUCCUCAUCUGCCUCUCCUUCAGCUUCUGCUUCAUUUCUCUAUGCUCUUCAAUCUCAAUGCUCCCUCGCCAUCUGCCCAAACCCUCCUCUUCAGGUGGAUGGGAAUUUCAUAGAAGGGAUUUUGUCUGGCAGAAAGAGGGUUGGAUACGUUUCUAUAUUCUUCUAUGCUUCCUGGUGCCCUUUUUCACGCAGAAUGCGUCCUGAGUUUGAAGUUCUUAGUUCCAUGUUUCCUCAAGUAGAACAUUUGGCACUUGAGCAAUCGUCAGCUUUGCCAAGCUUAUAUUCAAAAUAUGGAAUCCAUAGCUUGCCUGCCAUCUUACUGGUGAACCAGACAUCUAGGGUGAGAUAUCAUGGUCCAAACAAUCUUAGCUCCCUCAAAGAAUUUUAUGAGAGAAACACAGGAUUUGAAGCGAGUGAUAAUAUUGUUGUUGGUGAACUAAGUAGCUUGAUGAAUGAUGAACAUUCAACUAUGAAGUCAUUGAUGGGCUUCUCCCUCAAAGAAAUAUCAAGAAGGGAACGUUACUUAGCAUUAUCUAUAUUGUUUCUCUGUUUGAGGAUUAUUCUCUCUGUGUUUCCUGAGAUUAUGUUGCAUCUCCAAGCAUUCUGUCUUUCCUAUGUUCCUCAUUUGAUCAUGCAAAUAUUUGGAGAGACAAGCCAAGUGAUGGGACGUGUUGUUAACGCAAUUGAUGUCAGGAGGAUUUGGACCAAGCUAAGAUUAUGCAAGGCCAGGAACUUUCAUGAAGGGGCCAUGAGUGCCCGGGUUUGGGCCUCAUCUCUGGCUUCUGUUUCUCUAGGUGAGUCAUCAUCAGCUAGGUGAUAAUCUCAAAUCUUAAUGUUUGAACUAACAAUCUCAAAUCUUUAUGUAAAGAGUUUGUUUAUUUAGAUAAUAUUCCCAAGCUGCAUAGAAGCUUGGGAACACAUAGGCCUCUCUCUCCCUAUUGCUAAUUUUAAUAUUAGCAAAACGAUCUUAAUGUUUAAGUUGGAUUUUUAGGAGAAAGCUAACAUGCAUGUAAAUUUGAGAACAACUUCUUUGUAAAUUAGUUGUGUCUAAAUGAAUAUAUACACACGUUUUCUAAGUUGAAUAAGAAGCUUAUUUUUUCUCC